UUUCUUUAACCCAUACGUAGGGAAAUUGAUGGCGUUGUGUAUCCUGCCGAGAUCAAAGAAAAGAAAAAAGCUCAGAAGAUCUACAAUGAAGCUAGGGACAGGGGUCAGAGUGCAGGACACGUUAAACAACAGUCGGAGAAGGUGAAUAGUUUUUCGGUGUCUGUUAGCGUAGCCAAGAAAACAUUUGUUACUUUUGAACUGAUAUACCAAGAGAUGUUAACACGUAAAGACGGUUAUUUUGAGCAUCGAACCAGUAUUCGACCUGGUCAGAUUGUCAAGACUAUGAAUGUAAAAGUGGCAAUUAUUGAAACUCAAGGUCUGAGCGAAGUGAACACAAGCUGGGUGAAGGAGCAAGCUAAUGGAAAGGAGGUCACAAAACACGGUGUUGGUGAGUUAAGACUCAAAGGAGGAGACAUCAAAGCAUUUAUCGAAUAUGCGCCAACAGUUGAGGAACAGCGUCAGGAAUCGGAGGAUGGCAUUCAAGGAGAUUUCGUCAUUCGUUAUGACGUUAACCACCCAAAGAGCGGAGGUGAACUUCAAAUUGUGAAUGGAUACUUCGUGCAUUACUUCUCUCCUGAAGGCCUACCAGUAGUUCGGAAGAAUGUCGUUUUUGUCAUUGAUGUUAGUGGGUCAAUGUCAGGACGCAAAAUACAGCAAACCAAAGAUGCAAUGAACACUAUUCUGGAUGACUUGCGAGACAUAGAUUAUUUUAAUAUUGUCACAUUCACUGAUUACACACGGCAGUGGAAAAAUACACUUCAGCAAGCAACUCCUGAAAACAUCAGACGUGCUAAGAACUUUGUUUCAUCUCUAAGAGCCCUCGCCGGGACAAAUUUGCAUGAAGGUCUAAUAGAUGGUGUCAGGCUCUUAAAGAAACUUACGGAAAAUGCAAAUGACAGUAUACAUGGUGUUUCAAUGUUGAUAAUGCUGACUGAUGGAGAACCGACAUCUGGAGUAACAGACCUGAAUGCAAUUGAAAGAGACGUAGAACGAGAAAUAAAUAAUAAAUAUUCGCUUUUCAACCUUGGCUUUGGUGAGAAUGUCGACUACAAAUUUCUUGAGAAGCUGGCUUUGAGAAAUCGUGGCCUGGCUCGGAAGAUUUACGACGAUUCAAAGGCAAGCUUGCAGUUAGAGGGAUUCUUUGAAGAAGUUGCAACCCCGCUUCUUUAUAAUGUCGUUUUCGACUACCCUGAAGAAAUAGUAGAGACGAACAGCUUAACGCAGACUGUUUUUCCAAAUUAUUUCCAAGGGACUGAGCUUGUGGUAACCGGUAAACUAAAGGCGACUAACAUUACCAACGACAUUCUUGAAAUGACAAUUGCUGCAAAUUCCGUCGAUGUUGCUAUAGAAUUUCCACUUACAGUCGAUACAGAGAAACCACCCGAAGCACUCCUUAAUAAACAUGCAAUUGAUGAUUUUGCUAAGCAUCUAUGGGCGUAUUUGUCGAUUAAAGAACUGUUACAGCGUCGUGAUAUCAGGAGUGGAGUUGGAUUUGCCAGCUUUACGGGCAUCAGCGCCCUUCGUAUGAACUCUGAUUAUGAAGCCUAG